CCGACUCUUAUAGAAAAAUUGGGGGGAAAUGCUUCACAGUCACGGUCUUGCUGAUUCAGCUGUGCUCCGUUCAGCGCCGCUACUUAGCUAUCGUGCGCCUUACAUCGGUUGGGAACUACUCCGCCUGCGGUUGACUGGCUUCGGUGGUCAAAGGUGCGUUGCACACCUGCCGACAUGCCCACCGGCAUAGCGAUCUAGAAGGCAUGCUUUCUUACACGGAGACGUGCAGGAGAUUGCGCUGACAUAGAUCUUCUUUGGGCUCCUUUGCACCCAGACGGUCAGCGGGUUGG